CCGGUCCGGUUAAAUUGGACCAAAUAGAUUCGGUCCAGUCCGGUCUUUUCGGGAAUAUAAGGACCAAAGAUUGGAUUGGAUACAAUCCGGUCUUGACCCGGUCCGGUCCUAAUUUGAUCUUGAUUUUAGGUGUUGGGGGUCUCUUAUCAGGUCUUUAUCCGGGUUUUUUACCUCAAAUCUAAACCCGAAUAUGAGAUUGGAUUGUUUGCUAUCCGAUCCCAGUCCGGUCUCGGUCCGGGUUAUACGGUCCGGUUUUGGGUAAAACCAAACAGUCUGGACCAAAUAGCCAACCCUAUAUAUAACCUUAUGACCUCAACACAGAGAAAGAGGCAAAGGAGGGCGAAGGGGAGUAAUUACUAUAGUACUCUUAAUUAGGGAUGACAAUGGAUCGAUUUGGGGCGGGUUAUGCCAAACCAAAACUCAUGGGUUUAUUUACCAAAAUAACAUAGGGUAAAACCCACUAGAUUUGAAAAACUCAAACCCAACCCAACCCUACACGCUGGGUAUCCACGGGUUCAUGGUUACCCAUGGGUUCAUGUACAAAGAUGUAAUUACACUAGUUUUCACUAUUAAAACUACAUACACACUAACUCACAAAUCAUUCAUACUACUUGUUCAAUAUUAAAGAUAAACAUCCACAAAUAAUAUAAUUAGUUAAGGGUCCCGUAGGUCGUGGGGGGUAUGAACAUGGGUGCGGGGAUCCACGGGUUGGAUAUGACUAAACCCAAACCCAACCUGCAAAAAGUAUAGUGGGUUUAAACCCGACCUGCAUACAUCAAAGCAGGUUUUACCCGCACUGACCGGGUUGGGUCGGGUAGGGUACCCGCAGAUUCUGGUUCUACUGCCAUCCCUACUUUUAAUGAAGGUGUCAGCACUCUAUCUUUUCACUGAAUAGUAGAAUAGUGCAAUAAGUGCAUGAUCCUAUUCUUGACACAUAAAUAAAAUACAACCAUCCAUAUUAUUAUAUGCAUGAUACAUAGCUAUUACAUGAGUAAUACAAUCCUCAUAAUAUUUGUAUUAGCAAGCACUCAAUAUUUAGGUCUUUGCAUGAGAAGGCACUCAAUAACUAGACCUUAAAAUUUUGUGAAGUCAACAGGUAUUAGAUAUAUAUUUCAUCUAUACCAUAAUUUAUCUAUUUGUGUAAAUAAAACUAUGAGAUAUUGAAGGAAAUUAACUGAGAUCAAAUUACUAUUCAAUUUGAGUGAAUGCCACAUCUAUAGCUUCCUUAUUCUUAUAAAGCCAGUGUUUUUCUUGUGGUCUUUCUUUAUGGAAUUUUAUGUUUCAGAUUUGCCACCAUACAGAGAAGGAUGUAAGCGACUAAUUUGUUAUGUGGAGAAAAUGCCAUGUUUCGAAUCGGGCUUUAAACUUAUACUAGGUGCAGGCCAUGUUUCCUUGCAACUAUUUUAGUUUGCCUGAACCAUAUAUUUGCAGGUCAAUUCCCAAGAGUAGAGAAUAUAUGUAGGAGAGGUGGCCGAGUGGUUCAAGGCGUAGCAUUGGAACUGCUAUGUAGGCUUUUGUUUACCGAGGGUUUGAAUCCCUCUCUUUCAGCAGCUUCAUCUUCGCCUAAUUUAUCAAUUUUACUGACCGAAAUGGAGCUAAUUCCAUAACAACGGACACAUUUAUUCCAACAGUUAUAGCUUCCCUUUAUAGAGAUUCCCUAUUCCUAAUUUGUUUGGUAUAGAAAAUACGGGAAAGAAUGGACAAAGAAUGAAAACAUCCCCAGAAUUUUUCUGAUCUAUGAAUGGGCGAAAAAUUCCCCGACCCCUUACCUUCUAUAUCUUCUUUAGGUUCGAACCCUUGUUAUUUUAGUUAGGCUUAGGUUGCUAUGGCAAUGAGAGACAUCACAACGUUCUUAAGCAGUCUUCGUGCAAACAAAUGGUAUGCUUAAGAGAGACUCUUUUGGUCAAGAGUUGUUGCAGCUAGGGCUAUUAAUGAGCCGAGCCGAGCUGAAUUUUUCAUAGUUCGCGAGCCAGCUCAUUUAGUUAUGAAAUUGCAAGUUCGAGUUCGGCUCGUUUAUGAAAAUGAAAGUUCGAGAUCAGCUCGCCAAAUAUGUUUAACGAGCCCAAAAUCGAGUUCAACUCAUAAAAUGUUCAUGAUAGCUCAAGAUUGAGCUAGAAAUGAGCACAAAUUUACAUUAAAACCUAUAGCAAAGUCUAGCCAAAUAAAACACAAAUUUAUCCCAAUUUCAAUACUUAAAGUCCAUGAAUUCCAAUCCUUUCUGAUGCCAAACCGUUUAAUGAACUUGUUCGCGAGCUUUCGAGCUAAACAUGAUAUGAUUCGAGUUCAGCUCAUUUAGUUAACGAGUUUAUUCGUGAGCCAGUUCGAUUAAGAUGAAUCGAAUUUCGGACGAAAUUUUCUAGAAUCGGACACUAAACCGUUGAUAAGCGGCGUGAUUCAUUAACCAAUAAGGAUAGUUCCUCUGCGUAAAAUGGGCCUGACCUCCACUUAAUACCUUAGUCCUUACUCCUUAGAGCUCAUUUUCCAUAGGAAUGAGUGAAGCCCAAUCCAUCGCAUCGUCGUCUUCCUUCUCCUGGACGGUGUGAGAACUGAGAAGCCGAAGCAGGCAGAGGAAGGAAACGGAGAAGAAAGCCGCUGAGCUCGAAGUGGAAGAAGAAAAAAUGGCAGGCAGUAAAUUCUCCUACAGAUCCAGAUCCCCAAUCUUCCUAUUCUUCAUCGCCGCCAUCUCUCUUCUCCUUCUGCUCUUCCUUUUCUCAUCCUCCUCAUCUUCUCCUCCUUCAUCCCCUGAACUUCCCACCGCCGUCUCUUCCCGCCGGCCUGAAACCUCCUUCGUCACUUCCCUACACAACUUCCUCUCCCGCCCCAUCCCUCCCGACGCCGGCGAAAACGGUGGCUACGGCGCUCCCGCCGCCUUAGACGACGCCGUCUUCCUCCGCGAGACCGACCGAAUGUACCGUCCCCAGAACCCUAAUUACCCGCUCGAUUUGCCGAUCAGGGUUUACGUGUACAACAUGCCACACAAAUUCACCUACGAAUUGCUUCGAUUGUUUGCCACAACUUAUCGAGACACCAACAACCUCACCUCCAAUGGCAGCCCCGUUCAUCGACUCAUCGAGCAGCACUCGGUCGACUAUUGGCUUUGGGCCGAUUUGAUAUCUCCUCAGUCGGAGCGGCCACUGAGGAACAUUGUGAUCAGAGUUGAUCACCAGGAAGAUGCCGAUCUGUUCUACAUUCCUUUCUUCACGACCAUCAGCUUCUUCUUGCUGGAGAAGCAGGAUUGCAAGUCGCUUUAUAGGGAAGCUCUGAAAUGGAUAACAGAACAGCCUGCUUGGAAGAGGUCUGAAGGGAGGGAUCACAUACUUCCAGUGCAUCAUCCAUGGUCGUUCAAGUCGGUUCGUAGAUACGUGAAGAAGGCUAUUUGGUUGUUACCGGAUAUGGAUUCCACGGGGAACUGGUAUAAGCCAGGACAAGUUUACCUGGAGAAGGACUUGAUCCUGCCUUAUGUCGCCAAUGUUGAUCUAUGUGAUGCAAAAUGCUUGUCUGAAACUGAAUCAAAGAGGAAAACCUUGCUGUUUUUCAGGGGACGGCUCAAGAGAAAUGCUGGUGGGAAGAUACGUGCUAAGCUAGUUGCAGAACUAAGUGGAGUUGAAGAUGUGAUAAUACAGGAGGGCACAGCUGGUGAGAGAGGGAAAGAAGCAGCUCAAAAUGGCAUGCGCAAGUCCAUCUUCUGCUUGAAUCCAGCUGGAGACACUCCAUCAUCUGCAAGGCUAUUUGAUGCGAUUGUCAGUGGAUGCAUUCCAGUCAUAGUUAGUGAUGAGUUGGAGCUUCCUUUCGAAGGAAUUCUUGACUAUAGAAAGAUAGCUCUGUUUGUUUCUUCGGGUGAUGCUUUACAAUCAGGUUGGCUACUGAAGUUCUUAAGAGGUGUCAGUCGUGCUGAGAUAAAACAGAUGCAAGCAAACCUUGCCAAGUACUCGAGGCAUUUUGUGUACUCGAGUCCAGCUCAACCAUUGGGUCCUGAAGACUUGGCCUGGAGAAUGAUUGCCGGAAAAGUGGUGAAUAUUAAGCUACACACUCGAAGAUCUCAGCGGGUGGUGAAGGAGUCCAGAAGUAUCUGUACCUGUGAUUGCAGACGGCCGGCUGCCAACGUUACCGUACAAGUCCGAUAACCGGCGGCUGGCCUCCCUGCAUCCGUCCGUUCUGCUAACAGAUUGCUCAUUCAGUGGCAAGUCAGAUCCUUCUACUGCCCAUACAUACUCGGACUUAACUUGCUUCUUUUCAUUUGAUCAACUAUUAUUCAGUUCUGUUGCUCUACAAAAUAUUUGGUCUAAUCUACCACUACCAGUUCCAAUUUCUGUGGUUAAUUUAUGAUAGUUCAUCUUACCGGUUUAAUUUUAGGUACGAUUUUUUAAUACAAAUAUUGGAAUAAAUCGGAUCUAAGUAC